GGCCGGUUUUUCGCUCCGGGAUUCCGUGUUAUUUCAUUUCAUCCUCCUGCACGGUAGAUUCCCAUUCCCUCUUGUCAUCCUCCUCCUCUCGCUCGCUGGGCCUGCCUGCCCUGCCUGCCUGCUCCCGUGCCGUGUCUCCGCAGCUCUUGCUUGCUCCGGGCUUCGCCGGCGGCAUGGAGCCCGCUGGCGCGCCGUGGUGCGACCCUGGCCGUGGGUACGGCGCCGGAUCGGCCGCGGAGGCGCCGACGCUGAAGGGACAACAACCGCAACAGCUGCUGCUGACGCCGCCGCGACAGGACGGCGCGGCGCUGAAGAGGAGCCUUGGCGACGUGGAGAGGUGGCAGCAGGCGCUGUACCUGCGCGCGGUGAGGCAGCGCGUCGCGGUCGCGGCGCAGUCGCAGAUGGCGCACCCGCCGACCGACGUCGGGCCCGUGCUGGCGGGGGCUACCGCCUCGCCGGCCUCGUAUGGUUUCUCCAGGCCGCCUUCGUCGCCCUUUGCCGGGCUCUCGCCGCAGCCGUCGUCGACGCUGUCGUCGCUCACCACGGCCUCGCACGUGGAGACGCCGCCGCUACUGCAGCGGCAUACGGUGGCGGCCAGAGAGCUGGUGUUGUUGCAGGAGCUGGAGAAGCACCUACUAGACGACGGCGACGGCGAGGCCGAAGCGACGGGGAGUGCUUGCGGCUCCACGGUCACCAGCUCUGCGUGGGGGGACACGAUACAGGAGCUCAACUCCCUCACCGCGGCGCCUCUGGCGUCUCUACCCAACAACUACAGCAACACCGUGCCUGCCAUGUCAAGGUCUCCUCCGUCGAACUCCUCGUCGUCCACGGCUUCGUCGGCAGCGUCGAGCUCGCCGGCGGCCUCGACGACAGCCUCGUCGAGGCAGCUGCUGUCCGAGGCCGCGGCCGCCGUCGCCGACGGCAACCACGCGGCCGCGGCCGCCCACCUCGCGGUCCUGAAGACCGCCGCGAACCCGCGCGGGGACGCGGAGCAGAGGCUGGUGGCCAUGAUGGCGGGCGCCCUGUCGUCUCGCAUCCGACGCCCACCCGCGUCUCACCAGCACCUCGCGGGCCUAUGCGGCGCCGAGCAGCGCGCGGAAUGGCAGCUGCUGCAGCACGUCUCCCCCUGCUUCGGCCUCGCCCUCCACGGCGCCAACCUCGCCAUCCUCGACGCCGUGGCCGACCAGCGCGCCAUCCACCUGAUCGACUUCGACGUCAGCGUCGCGCAGCACACCGCCCUCAUCGACUCCCUCGCCAGCCGCCGCGUGGCCGGCACGUGCCUCAAGGUCACGGCCGUCACCGACCCGACGUCGCCGUUCACGCCGGCUCUGGCGCAGGCGCUGGCGGCCACGGGCCAGCGGCUCAAGGAGCACGCCCGGCAGGCAGGGGUGGAGUUCCGGUUCAGAGCGGUCAGCUGCGUCGCCGGAGAGGUCGAGGCGUCCAGGUCGAGGCUCGGGUGCGACGAGACAGGGGAGGCGCUGGUGGUGAACCUGGCGUUCGCCCUCUCGCGCGUCCCGGACGAGAGCGUGUCCCCGGCCAACCCGCGCGACGCGCUCCUCCGGGGCGUGCGCGGCCUGCGCCCGCGCGUGGUGACGCUGGUGGAGCAGGAGCUCGGCGCGAACACGGCGCCUCUGGCGGCGCGGUUCGCCGACGCGUGCGCGCACUACGGCGCGGUGCUGGAGUCGCUGGACGCGACCCUGGGGCGCGACAGCGCGCAGAGGGCCCGCGCCGAGGCGGCCCUGGCGAGCAAGGCGGCCAACGCCGUGGCGCGUGAGGGCCCCGACCGGGUGGAGCGGUGCGAGGUGUUCGGCAAGUGGCGCGCCCGGUUCGGCAUGGCCGGGCUGCGGCCCGUGGCGAUCGGCCAGGGCGUCGCCGACCGCGUAAAGGGACGGCUAGGUCCCGCAGCACGUCCGGGAUUCGACGUGAAGCUGGACAGCGGCCGGCUCGCGAUCGGGUGGAUGGGGCGCGUGGUCACCGUCGCCUCCGCCUGGCGUUAGCCGUACGUAGCACCCCUAGUGAUGAGCUAAUCAUCAGCUCCCGGUUAUCGACGCCUAUCAUUCAGAGUACCUCAGGAACAGCCGUUGUGCAACCACGAACGAAUGCCUAGUAGUUGUAACAAUAAUCUCUCUAAUUUUUUACGGCAACUGGUCGUUGAAUAUUGUACUAGUAGUAGUGGUAAUGGGUUUUCUUCAUGGC